AUGGCGCUGGCGGUGGAAGACGAGGAGCUGUGCCUGCAGCGCGCCCAGCAGCUGCUCGCCGACAUGCGCGCCGCCGGCGUGCCCCCCUCCCAGCAGCUUCUCCGCAGCUACCUCCAGUGCGCGUUCUACGGCGGGGGGGACCCCUGGGAGGCGGAGCAGGAGGCGCGCGCGAUGUGCGGGGAUGGCGGCUUCGAGGCUGGCGGCGCCGCGGCGCGGCUGCUGUCGAUGAUUGAGGUCGCCUGGCAGCAGCUCCACGCGGGCGAUGACGUCAUCGCGUGCUGA